UCUAAUCCUAUCUCCAUCUUCUCUACAAUACUAAUUCUCUUUUCUUUCAGUUUCUGGAAAAUCUCAAUUAUGAGCGCCGUUAAAGAUCAAUCAUCCUCUGCAAAUGGAAUUGUAGCGAAACCGAGGGUUCCGUAUCCUCUGCGAUCUGCAAGCAAAGAUAAUCCAACCAUGGCUGAGAAAUCCAAAACUUCUGUAUCCAAGAGGGGGGGGCUUCCAAAUGUAAGUCAAAGUGUGAGUGUUCUCGACCUCUCUGGCAAGGAAAAGUCUGCAAAGCCAACUAGAAGGCUCUCCAUUCCAUCCAAAUAUUCUGCUAACCCUCUUCCUAGACCAACUUUCGCGAUAACUCCAAUAUCCGAGGCUAGGAUGAAGAAAGCGACACCAGUUUCUGAUAAUUCCAAAUCAGCCAUCAGACGAAAGUUCGACGUGCUGUCCUCAGCAUCAUACUGGCUGCUACAAAUUAAAAUAUCAGAGUCUGCUGUAAAGCAUUCAAUAUCAGUUGGUUUCUUUAAGCUUGCUUUGGAGUCUGGUUGUGAGCCACUAGAAAGAAUGAGGGACGAGUUAAAAUCCUAUGCACGUCGGCACAAUCUUGUUGGACUAGGGGAACCAGUAAAAGAAUUGCUUAAAAUCUACAAGAUCGAAGAAGCUUUAGAGCAGUUGCAAGUCUCCGAGGCUUGUCCACUGGUACCUGAAGGAACUCAAUCUUCUAAGGAAGAUCGUUGUAGCUCUAUGUCUGCUGUUGGGGCUAGGAAGUUAAAACCAGCGUCCACAAAAUCAGAAAGUACUCAAGUCUCUCCAGUUGCAGGAUCAGCUAAAAAGGAGAAUAGCCAGAAAAUUCCUUCAAGCGGAAAUAGGUUAUCUUUGACCAAGAAAUCAAUGAAUGUAAAACCUGAUGCUGCGGCCAGAGCCAGUAUUGAACAAAAAAAGAAACCUCAGAGGCCAAUUAAGCUGGAAGUUAAGAAAGAAAAAGUGAAGCCCAAAAGCCCGGGAAAGAAAGUACUUCCAAAGAAAGAUUCUGUUGACUCAUUGCCUGCAGAAGAGAGUCUAGAAGUAACCCAGCAAGAAGAUAAAGAAAAUAUGGACGCUCUGCAACUUGAUGAAAUCGCCUCGUCUCAGUAAUUAAUAACCAUCUUCACCAUAGUCAUACAAUCAAUAAUGAAUGUCAUUUUCGUUUUAGUUUCUCUUUUUGGGUUUGUCUUCAGUCAUUUUUUUAGUGAGGACUUUUCCGCUGUAAAAAAUAAAAGAUUUAUGGGGUGUGUGUUGUGAGAUUGUUACUUUUUUUGUUUUUCUUUUCCAUCCAAGUAGUAGGGUAUUAUACUUAAAGUUUUCUCUUCGUGGUUGCUAGUUGCUUAUUCAUUUGACAUGAACUGUAAUAUUCUACCGUUGUUGAUCUCUUGGUUAUAUAAUGGCUUGCAUUGUUUUUCCUUUUCUUAAUGAAGUAUGGAGAAUUCAA